UUGCAGUGCCACGCCACGACACACUUCCGCACUUGUGCCGUUCGCCCUCUCCUGCGCGGACGGCGACGCCGCGCCGGUCGACGUCGCUCCGGCCCACCCCCGCCUCCUUCCUCCUCCUUCACCCGGUCUCGCCCACCGGCGGUCCUCCCCGCCCUGUCUCGCCGCCCUUCCCCGUCCCACGACUGCCUCUUUCGCCCGGUCCCGCCGGGCGCCCCCCAGGUGCUCGUAGAAACGCUGCAGCCACGCGUGCUAGGCGCGUCCGCGGCGGCGGAGGCGGCGGGCCGGGUCCCAUGGCGCAGGCCAAGCGGUACGUGCUGCGGCUCUUCAUCUCGCUCAAGUACGUGACGGCCAACGUGGUGGACCGGCAGAGCGGCCGCGUCGUGGUCACCGCCUCCACCGUCGAGAAGCCCCUCCGGGACGGGCUGGAGUGCGGCCGCGCCUGCAACGCCAAGGCGGCCGCCGCCGUCGGCGAGGUGCUCGCCAUGCGCCUCCGGGUGGAUGGCCUGGCGCACGAGCCCAUCCACGCCGACGCCGCCAAGGAGGUCGAGAAGAAGGGCUUCAAGAACCGCACCAAGGUCUGGGCCAUCCUCAACGCGCUCCGCAGCCACGGCGUCAACCUCCACGUCGACGACGACGGCGACCAUAGGCGGCAUGUCUGACGAGCAUCAGUUCCUGAUCUUCAAGACUUCAACCCAUCCCUGGCUUUCUUGAGGUCCGUGAUCUUCUACUCGAUCAGGUGCAGAUCCUCGUGGUCAGACUGAACUACUCCUAAUGGUGGUAGAGCGCUGGAAAAAUGUUGCGGUAACGGUGGAGCUGACGGCAUCGUGUCCCCGGUUCUUGAAGGGCUUCCCAGAAUCAAUAUCAUUUUCUGCAAACAAGUAGUGGUUCAGUCCAAGUUGUGGAAAUAGGAGACAAAUCACUCUCUGAACUUCUAAAAACUGUCAACCAAAUUCAGUGUUUGGGCCUGUAGAUCUGUUCUUUUACAUGGUUCAUGCAAUUUUGGUGUUUGUAUUCUCAUUCUGGUAAGUACAGAGUACACAUAAUCCUUCUUGCCCGUUCACAGUCGUUAAUAAAGUACAUACUAUCAAAAUUUAGAAGUGGAAUCAUUUGGUCAUUGCAUAUAUUACACAGAACACCACAGUGCCCUUCAAUCUGAAGGUAGUAGACAAAAGGGACACAUACCUGCCUAUGAUUCUCAGAUGGUGGGUGAGAGCGGGCGAUCUUGACAUCCUUCCUCGUCUUCCCCUUCUACCACUGGCAGAGCUCCACCGGGUUCACCUUCCCCGCGACGGCCAUGACCCCAGCAUCGGCAUCUCGCAC